AUGGAGAUCAUGACAGAAAGAAUUUCAGUCAUCCACAGUGUUGUAGUAGGAUGUUUUAGUUUACCAUACAGUAAUAAUGCAUCAUCACUUUUAAAUCACUUCCAAAUGAGCAGCAAAAACGAAAUCAAUACUAAUAACCAAUCCCAUCAUCGCAGUUGUAGUGGUUCAGAACAGUCAUCAACAUCAUCGAAAAGUACCCAACGUCACCAACGUCGUCAUAGUUAUACAUCUAAAAGAGUAUUUGGUUUAAGCAGUUAUAGUAAUUCGGUUGUCUCUAAAAGUCAAUUUUUUCCAACAAAGACUUUUAGUAGUAAAACAAUGAACAGAUCCGAUGUCAAGAUCAAUGUUAUUGAUACUGUAACAAAUUCAAAAUUAUCUGGAUUACAAGUGGAAGACGAGGAUAAAAAAGCAGAGGAUUUUCAAAAGAUUUUAUUAGAUACCAUUCCAAUUAUUAUUCGUGGAACUGAAUUGAUUGAAGAUGAAAUUGAAACCAUUACAUCUGCCGAUACUUUGGUAGAAAAACGUUUACCUUGCCAAGUUUUAAUUGAUGUUUCAAAGAUAUUAAGAGAUUACCCAAGAGGAAUGGGAUUUAAAUGUAAAGGAAUACCACCAAUGUUACAUGGAAAACCAAAAUUGAUUGGAUUUAGAAAUAAUAUGGAUCAAUUGGGAUGGGAGAUUAUUAGUAAAUUAUCGAUACUUCGUGAAUUUGUAGAGAAUACAAUGGAGAUUCAUAAACUUUAUGUGAUUGCACUCAGCAUUCGUGAUUGCAAGAAUGCAUUUAUAACCAACAAGAGCGACAAUUACCUCAGAUCGGCAGAGAGCCUCUUGAAUCCACAGACAGAGAAUGGCAGUGUUGGCAGCGGACCAUCUUCACCUCGAAGAACAGCCAAACACGUCCCCAUAGUCAUGUCUCGUGCACCCAAACAGGUAAUAGAGUCGACUCGCGAUUUGGUAGAUAGCGCAAUCACAAGAAAGGCUUUGGCAUUGUCCAAAGACGACAACUCGCACAUGUUUAGAGAAAUGAUAUCGGAGCGUUUCAACCUGCUCAAUGGCAACCCCAAGGGAUAUGGAAUGAAUCUUUUACAGCAACGAAAGACUCGCAUGAUUGGCAACAGCGCCGAGGCGACACUGCUGUCUGGUGACGAUUCUGCAAUUGGAUUAAAGAAUUCACCCGACAGUCACGGACGCACACAUCACAGCAACUCGAUCGAUAUUGGGUACGCCGCCCUGUUUACACCACCAACGGCCAAGGAAAAGGCCGAGUUUAGUCCACCACGGUCACCACCAACGUCGCCCGAGAUGAUCAGCAAGUCGCCGACUGGCGCGUCGUCAAAGAGAUUCGCAGACCUCAUGAUGUCGCCUCGUUCCAGCGACCGUGUGCUCAAGCACUACAAGUUGCUUUCGUCAUCGCCUUCAUCGUCGGCAUCCAACGUAGCAUCGUAUGCUGCUGCGCAGCAGACACAGCAACAACAAAACCAACAACAACACCUCCAACAACAACUGCAGAUAGCAGCCGACAAGCAAGACGUAGAGUGGGAAAAGUUGGACGAAACCAUCAAGGCAGGAUGGAACACGAUGGUGUCUCAACCGCGUGGAUUCAAGUGCGACUUUGGGUCGAGCUUGCAAAAAGAGUUCCAGCCGUGCUCUGCCUACCCUGUAUUAUACGACGAAGACGACGAAUAUUUGUAUAGAGACGAUUUUUAUGACAAGGAGCAUUUCAACUACCUGGGACAGAGCAAGGGCAAUGGAGAAAAGAAUUUGGUUUCCAUCUCGGCCGUGUCGGUCCCUCUCUCGACUGGCGAGGUCGAAUUGUUGUACAUUAUUAGAACACCCGACAGAGACGAGCGUGUCCGUAUCGUUGCCUCGAACAAGCGUGACUCCAAAGACAUGAUCAAGAUGAUCAAAAAGUCGAGACAGCAACUCCAAAACUACAAGUUUAAAGAGGUCAAGGAAAAGGCGUUCACCAACGACCUGCUCGACUUUGAAAAGAAGAAUACCGUGCACAGAAACUUUAAGUUUGGUGUCCUCUAUUGUCGCGACGGUCAAACCGAAGAGAACGACAUGUAUGCCAACCACGAGCCACAUCUCUCGGAACGUUAUCUCCAGUUUGUCGAGCUUUUGGGUGAGCGUGUCGAACUCAAGGGAUGGCCACACUACAGAGGCGGUCUUGACAUUCGUGACAAUAUGACUGGUUCACACGCAAUCUACCGUCGUUGGCGAGACUAUGAGCUCAUGUUCCACAUCUCUACCAUGAUUCCAUACAAGGAGGAUGAGCAACAAAUCGACCGUAAGCGUCAUCUUGGCAAUGACAUUGUAAUGAUAGUAUUCAAAGAGGGCUCGACUCCAUUCGACCCUUCCAUCUGUAAAUCAAACUUUAACCACAUCUUUGCGGUCGUCGAGUAUGACGAGACGUUAUCGACACCCGAAAAUCCUCUCUACCGUUUCUCAGUGUCUUGUCGCGAUGAAGUCAUCGACUUUGGUCCAUCUUUCCCCAAGUAUCAUUCCUUUACACCAUCUGAACUCAAGGAAUUCCUUGUCAUCAAGUUGGUCAAUGGUGAAAGACAAACUCUAAAGUCUCCAGUAUUUUCACAAAAGUUUAAGAGAACAAGAAGAGAAUUUUUACAAUCCUAUUUUGAUCAAUAUUUAUCGGAAUAA